UUGCAAGAAGUAGUGUUGCAGCUGGUGGCAAUCUGCUAGAGCUGCCAGUUUUUCUGAUGCACCCGCAAACCUUACCCUCGCUAGUAGCGUUGGAUCAGCAUUUGGUGGCAUAUUUCUUCAAUGACAGAAGAAAACUUGCUUGCAUCUGGUGGUUCAUUUCCACCUAUGGCAUCUGGGGAACUUCCCCUCGGUUCUUUUCCGCUUCAAUCGCUGCAGCGAGCAGAGCGCGAUGAGGAUGAUGAUGCCCAGUCUCACUUCAGUAUCAACACUACGGCAGGUACUGGCGGUCAUUCGCCGGCAUCAUCACUGGCCUUGUCAGAGCUGUCAUCAACUGCUGCCACAGCGGCCAGUGCGCCCGGUGUUGGCAGUAGCAUGGAUGACGCUCCUCCACAGGUGCCGCCACUUGCCGACCAGGUAACCGUUAGCGCUCCCGGGACGCCAUCAUUAGUAAACGUGGCAGCAGUGCAGUUGCCACAGCAGCCAGUUCAGCAGCAACCGCAUGCACAACAGCUUCCUCCAAUGCAGCAGCAACAGCAGCAGGACGAAAUGGUACAGUUCCAAGGCCUAGGCGUGGAUAACUUCUGGCCACAGCAGCAGCAAGUCGGCAGUCUUAACCCAGCGCCGUCCAGUGCAAUGGGCCCCGGAGAAGAUAACACAGGGGUGCAUCAAUUGGCAGAAGUAGCGGUUCGCUCUAUGCUGGAUUCUGGCCAGCUAUUCAAUGCCGGUACGGCACCGAAUGACCCAACUAGACUCACACCAUCCUGCAGUGUAGCUACAUCUGCGUCACAGACCAGUACGCCGCAGCCAGCACUUGCCAAAUCAUCGGUGGCUAUGGAGGCUGUGGUACCAGUUCCAGAAACCAUGUCGCCAUACUUAGCCAGGAGUUGCGAAGACCUUGCAGGCGACGCGUUUGAAUGUUUGAUUGUCCUGUGUGCCCAUGAUCUGCUCAAGCCUUAUCUGCUGACGCUACUUUCACACAAGAAUGCUGCUGGUUUCACUCCAUUCCAGGCCGCCGUCACUAACCGUGCAUAUCGAGCUGCUUCUCAAAUCUGUAUGAGAGCCUUGUUGAUAUCGGCCAAGAAUGAGAGCGAAUUUGUCAGCAUGUGUGACAAGGAGCGGGCUGCAACACAGGCCAGUGAGAAAUCUAGUGACCACGACGCAGACACCAGGAAGCAUUCGGAAGCAGGCCAGGAAGGGUUAACCUCGCAACUCAGCAGCAAUCUCGGUGCACAAAGUCGUCGGCUUACCGGGCUGGGCCGCGGUAAGCUUGGAGCCGUGCACUUUCAGGAGGAGGACAUGCCUGAGGAUGGUGAGGAUGAUAACGAGGAUGAAGACGAGGACGAGGAUGGUGAUGAGGAAGGUCAUGUCAUUGUGGAUGAUGACGAUGAGGAUGAUGGUGACGCAGAGGAAGAUAUGGCGUCGAUGGGUGCCGCCAGUGCCGAGAGCCCACCAGGCUCCGGAGCAUUAUCGCCAGUGUUACCUGAGUCUGGAGAUUCUGACCUUUUACCAUCAUCAGCGUCGUCGGAUGUUAGCGGUGGUGACGGUAACAUGCGGCUCUCACCCAACUUUGUCGCUGGUGCAGUUGCGGCUGCAGUUGCAGCCACCAAUGCCGGGGCAGUUUCUGCUGCCAGUGGAGGCGAGUCCGCUGCUCCUGCUGCGGCCGAUCUGUUUAGAAUCGAUACCGAUGCUGCCAAUAAGGAUCUUUUGGCAAUCAGCGAGAGACUUAGCAAUGCUGCUGGAGCAGCUGACGUUGAGCAGCCGGCGGGUCCACCAUUAGAUGCAGCAGCAGCAGCACCACCACCAGCUGUGGAAGAGGAAUCUGCUGCUGGCGCCAUUGGCUCAAGUCAGCUAGCACUAGGUGGCCCACAGCAGCAGCAGUAUGGAGAAAAUCGUGAAGUUGAGCGAUCGUCCAGCCUAUCUGCGAUGGACGUAGCUGCCAAUGAGGUAGCGCCUAACGUUGUUCAUCCAGUACAUAGUAUCAGUAUCAGAGAGACACUCGCCGGUGUUGGUGAAAAGAAGGCGGGGGAAACCCAGGAGGCAGGGCCCGGCAUGGAAUGUGCGUACGAGCGGCACAAUCAGGAGCUGCUCAACAGGAUGCUGUGUCCGUCAGAUUCACCCGCGAAGGACAACCCUCUGUUUAUUCUGGCUCACAAUGGCCAAUGUUCCUAUGUCUGGUCGAAGGCAAACCACAUCUCGCAGAAAAUCUACAACUGCUACACUUGUGGUCUGACUGAUCAGACCUGCUGCUGUACGACAUGCGCCAAUGUCUGCCACGGCAAUCAUGUGCAUGCAUUCAAGCAUAUGUCUUCUGCCUACUGUGACUGCUCUCUUGAGGCCAACGCUGGCCAGUGCCGUGCUUUGGUGGCUGGUGACCAACAGGCACGCAUUGACCUUUUCCACAAGUUGCUGCGCUACACGCAGCUAGGCAAGCGCUCCGAUGCCCAAGGUCAGCCACUACUGCUGCUGCUUGCACGCUUGGUAUCGCAACAGGUCACGGAACAGAAGAAUCGGUCUGGCACGUCCACGCGCAAUUCCGCCUUCGCUUCUAGUCUUAUCGACCGGAAGCUAAACUUGGCGGAGGUCAACAAGUUCAUAGACGCAUCCAACUUUUGUGAGGUGGCAAUGUGCAUUUGCCUAGACAACUGGACAGCAGCGAGUGCAAUCCUCCUGUCGGGGACCACUCAAGCCAGAUUACUGCUUGGCGAGGUUGCGCAAUCAGACGUGGUGCGAAUGCUUAGUGACUCUGAAACCGAAGCACUGGUUGCAAGUCAAGAUGGUUCUCAGCACCUGGACUGUUUUGUGCACGCUCUCACACUCGGUUCUACCUUUGAGAACACACACAACCUGAAUCUGCUAGUGAAGACCAUCUUACAGGCACGCCAGUGCGAACAGACAAAGGAAUUGGCCGAGAAAGCCGCUCGUCGUCUGGUCCGAAGCUUCACCCGCGUCCUCGUCAGCGAGCAGACCGAGUGCUCAUUGCGGAGGCUGAAAUCUACAAAAUGUAUUGACUCGAGCAAACUUCGUGCACUGAGGGAGUUUGGCAUUAUGGCCGUGGAGGAGAUGCUGGACACGGCCAUGACUCUGAUCCGUCCUGUUAUGCUCGGCCACGUCACUGAUGCGGCCCCGCUGAACAUGACCAGUACUAGUGCUGCUGCUGUUGCUGAUCCCAAUUAUCCUUCGCUGGCGGCCGGUGCUGCUGCCUCGGCGCGAAACGUCGACCAGUCCACUGUUCAUACUCUGCUGUCCAUGCCGCCUCUACUGCAGCGCCGUGAUGGUGUUGCACAGGCUCCAUCUAGUUCCGGUGGUGGCUCAUUCCCUGAGCUUCCUCGUGCUGGUGCGCGCAUGUCGGACAGUGAGGAGAGUGAUGGAGACGACGAUGAUGCUGGUCACGGUGAGCAGGCAAUGGUGGUUGACGAGCCUGCGCCUGCAGCUUCUGCUAGCGCUGCUGCUGCUGCUGCUAGCGCUGGCCAAUCUGCGCCUGCGGCUGGAGCUGAUGUUGCUGAAUCCUCUUUAGCACAGGUAGCUGACGACGGUGCUGGAAGUCCGUCUGGCUCUGAAGCUGAAGCAUCCAGUCCCGCUGAGGACUUUCCGGGGGCAUCGUCGCCGCACCAUGAGCACAUGGCAAGUGAGGAUGCUUUCACAGAAUCCGAUUUGGAGCCGGAAUCUGAAGACAGUUUUUUCGACUCGAGCGAUGAUGACGGCAACUUCGACCAUCUAGUACUGAGACAAUUACGCCAGGUGGCAGCAGGUGCUCCCGGUAGCUCGACGGUCGAACGGGCGCGUCAACAAGCAGCUGUAGCCGCGGCAGCUUCCAGCGGUCGCUCUGCUGCAGCCGGUAGCUCUGCCAGUUCUAUCUCUGCUGCUGCUGUUGCUGCUGCCGGAACCAGGCUAUCUGCAGUGGCAGCAGCUGCAGCAGCUGCAGCCAGCUCUGCACCCGGCAGCGGAGCGGCACCCGGUGGUGGUGGUGGCGUAGUUACUCGUAGCUCUCAAGCGUUUUCCAGUCCCUCGUUGGACUGGGUGAUUGAUCAAUCCUCCCUGGAGUUGCCGGCCGCACCUGCACUGUCAGCGAGUCGAGUACGCCGGCAGCGUCGUCGCCAUUCAUCUUGGUUUGGAAGCUCGUCUACCGCCGCUGCUGGAGACGGCGGUGACGGCAACCCAGAACCUGCUGCCGCCAGUGCCCCUGGUCCCUCGAUGGAAGCUAUCUUAACGGCCUCGUCUCGCCAAGGUGCUGCAUCUGUCCUAUGCCGCUCGUUUGGAUGCUGUAUAAAGAUCAUAUUCCAGAUGGUUAGCGUAACUAUGCGAGCAGGACAAUGUACUACUGAAGUACUGGAACCCUGUAUACCGGGUAUGCCAGAGGAAAAGCUCGUGACUCGCAACUUGAUCAAGAUGAAGCUGCAACCUGUGUGGGACUGGCUAAUGAUGCGUCUUGAUAAGGUUGAGUCAGAUCUGCGCCGUGGAGCUGUCAUUGCAUCUUGCAAACCAAUACCAGCUGACCCUAGCACCAGUGCAUCGCUAAGCUCUAAACCUGCCACCACGCCUUCAUCUGGUGACAUCUUCAUGCUGAAGUUUUUGAUGGACACGAUGCGAUCAGCAGCCGGCGAGAAUGGUGACAAUUUGCCUUCCAUUCAGGUGCACUCUUUACCGCAUCUGCUUCACCUACUGGAGGCCAUGCUUCACAUUGUGUCUCUGAGUGCAACCUCCCCUGCUGGGACUACUCACUGCCAGAGCUGUGUGGAGUAUGCAACACCAGAAUCCGCUGAGGCAGCAACAACAACAGCAGCAACAACAUCAACUGGUUGUGGUUCGACUGCAAGUGAUACACCACGUUGCAGUAUGGAUCAACUAGCUUCUGCCACAAGCGUAACAAGCGCAAGUGGGCGCGUGCCAAUAGCAACUGACCCCAGUCAUCAUUCGAGUUUUUUUACUCGUUCACCCUGCCUGGGGAUGGUCGGCGCGUUGUCACCAUCUAGCCGAUCACGGUGCAAGGACUCCAUCCUACUCGCUGGCAACCCAUAUCUCUUGGAGGCUUCGAAGCGACAAGAGCUUCUCGUUGGUCCACCGAAUCAAUGCCUUGCCGACUGGGUUCAACCUCGCUCCAGCCAGUGUUCGUCACUGGGAAUGUUUGCACCGCCUCGUGACCUGUCGCAUUCAUCCCGUGUCACCGAGUAUCCAGCACCUAGCACUGCUGAUCGUGCCACGGCAGACUUGGAAGGAACACGUUUAGAAGAGCGUUGCCAUGAUUUGGCUCUGGAGAACUAUGAGCGGAUGUCUAUAACUACGGCGGCUGUCGCUGGCCGCUGGCGUUUCUUCCUCGAAAAACUUUGGCCCGUGUUCAGCAAGGACAUGAAGGAUAGUGAGCUAAGCCAUGUCAUGGACCGCACCUUGCCAUUCCAUGUCCGCGAGUCCAAGUUUCGUCGAGAACUGGAACAAACGCUGGAUCUUCGCAUGCGAAACCCUGCCGAGGUCCACCUCAAGGUAACCCGGGGACCUCAGGCUCUCGCUGAUUGCUUUGUGGGCCUUAAUGCGCAUGGAAGUGCUAGCGAUUUGCCACCAUGUGCCUUCCUCGGCUUCCUGAAAGUCGAUUUUAAAGAUGAGCCUGCAGAAGGUAGUGGAGUCAUCCGCAACCUGUUCACUGUUGUUGCAGAGAUCCUGGAAUCGAAUCACACUCUUCCUAAGUACACCACCAGUAGUCCAGCGAUUUUCACUAGCACCAGGGUGAGAGUCCCCGCGUCGGCCUACAACCGUCUAUCUAAACCGGAAUCGACCCUGACGGCUGAAGAGAAAGGUGUAGCGCGUGAUGAGCUUUGGUGGAGUGACAUUCAAAAAAGCCCAAGUCGUUCCAUUGGCGCCAAUCUGAGUGGGCACACCAUGCAGAUGAGGAAAGCUUGCCUUGGAGAUCGUCUGGCAGCGCGAUUGCUGGAUCAUCGGGAUGCUGCUAAAGUGGUGGCAUCCAUGGUGGACCAUGCACCGGCCUGGCUGCUACUGCAGUUCCUUGAGGACAAUGCUUUGCUGCAUAAACACUAUCGUCAUGUGUGUCUCACCUUGCAGAACCACUCCGUCUUGAGGAAUGAGUGGGUGGACCUUGAGGAGGCUGAGGAUUCGAAUCCUGUGUACUUUCAAGGCAAGGUUGCCGUAUUUGAAUCCGAGCAAGAGUCUCUCUUCUACCCCGGCAAGGAAACGGGUUUCUUCUCACUAAGGCCUGGCCCAGCCACGGCUCUUCGAGACAAUGCAUACGUCAACGUCGGAAGAAUGAUCGGACUUGCUCUGCUACAUGGCUGUAUAUUCCCGCUGAGGUUGGGCAGACAUGUCUUCAAGUACUUGCUCCGGAGACCAGUUUGCUGGCAUGACCUAGCCUUCAUCGACCCAACUCUCUAUGAGGGUUUGCGUUCGUUACUGGAUACUGCGCGAUCUGAAAACGCCAAGGAACAGUUUGUAGGUAUUAGCCUUACAUUCCGCACCCCCAUCAGCCAUGACCUGGGAGGUGACGCAGUAGAUCUCUUUGAGAACGGUGAUGGCAUCGCAGUAACACCAGAAAAUGUCGAUGUCUAUGUUGAGCGCGUGGCAACAUGGCACAUGUUGGAAAGUGCUUCGCGCGGAUUGCAAUGCAUGCGCCUGGGUCUGGAGAACGUCAUCGACCCUGAGCGCCUGUCUAAUCUGUCACCGGAAGACCUGCGACUGCUCCUGAACGGCAGCCACACUGUGGACGUGGCACUCCUGGAGAGACUCACGGACUACGAGUGUGGGGAGAAGACUUCCAUAGAGCGGACUUAUGAGAUAAGGAAGUGGUUCUGGUCCAUUUUGAGAAGUAUGACAUCUGCACAGCUGGCGGAGCUGAUGUACUUCUGGACAUCUAGUCCUGCCAUGCCGACUGCAAUGGACGGCAAAGUGGCCAGCAUUGUGUUCCGACCACCAGACCACAACCGAUUGCCCACAGCUAACACCUGCAUCUCUCGUCUGUACAUUCCUCUGUACCGCUCCAAGCAGGUACUGCGUGCACGCCUGCUCAUGGCGAUAAAGACGAGAGAAUUUGGCUUUGUGUGAGUCACUCUGUUUUUUUGCUCCAAGUGUCUCGCAUGCGUGAUAUAUUUUUUGUAGUCAUUGGCUGAUGCCAGUCUUGUGGCUGCGGAUUCAGAGCUAUGUUGUUGUAUCAGUCAUGCGCCUCCCCGGUCGUCUGUAUCACUAAUUCUGUGCGUGACGGCUGUGCAUUGCUCGUCUGUAUAUAACUGUGAAAGUGCUAUCAGCUCCUACCUGCUGCUGCUGUGUGUGUGUGCCUACUCCUGCGCUGUGUGUACUGGCUCUGAAUAUAAUCAUUGUACUGCUGUCUGCCGCUGCUGUAAAAUACACCACUGGGUCGCCAGCGCACGCCCAUACCCAUACCGCCGCCUCCUUUGUGUUGGCUGUCUUUUUGCCUUUGUGUUGCCUGUCUUUUUGCCUUUGUGUUGGCUGUCUUUUUGCCUUUGUGUUGGCUGUCUUUUUGCCUUUGUGUUGGCUGUCUUUUUGCCUUUGUGUUGGCUGUCUUUUUGCCUUUGUGUUGGCUGUCUUUUUGCCUUUGUGUUGGCUGUCUUUUUGCCUUUGUGUUGCCUGUCCUACUGCUGCUCCUGCUCUUGAGUCGUGUCCACUGCUGCUUGUGUACAUACUGUGCCCGUGUGUGUGUGUGUGUGUGUGUGUGUGUGUGUGUGUGUGUGUGUGUGUGUGUGUGUGUGUGUGUGUGUGUGUGUGUGUGUGUGUGUGUGUGUGGUGUGUGUGCUCGUAGUUUCUCCUUUUGUAUUCUGGUGCUGUUUUUUGUGCUCUGCUUGUGUACGUAGCAGCAUCUGUAACCAGUCCCCCAUUUUCAGACAUACUCCUCCUCUCACUGCAUGCUCAUGCUAUCUCGCCCUAUGCUCACAGUUAAUAGCUGAUUUCCAGUUUGCGGUAUCAUGCAUUGCUAACUGGGCUUUUUAUGUGCCCGCUGUUUUCCACGUGAAAUUGUCUUUUAAAGUUGCCAAGGCAAGUCAUUUAAACUCA